AUAUUUGCAUCUGUACCCUCACCCAUCAGUGUCUGCACUCGUAUAAAGAAGCUCCAGUUCCAGGGAACAGUCGCAGAGCAGACGUCUGUUGGGCACACGUUGGACGGGAUGAUGGAAGAUUUGCUCGGAGUCCUCUUUCUUCUUUGUGCUUUGGCAGCACCGGGACAUUCCCUCUCGUGCCUCGAAUGUGUGGGAAAGGAUUCGACAUGCAAAGGUGUCAGCAAAACAUGCUAUGAUGGAUCCUGCGGCUUGGUUUUUCAAGAAAACACUGAAGAUGGAAAAACCUCUAGAGACUAUUGGAAGGUUUGUAUAGGUACAGAGUACUGUAAUAAAGUGGGCAGCAUCAGCCAUAUUAGUGGUACUAAGAAGAUUGGGAUUUCUUGUUGCUACACCGACGACUGCACUCCAUCUCUACCAAAAUUGCCGGCUAACAGUCCUGAAGCCAAUGCAAUGACAUGCCCAACAUGCAGGGAUGUGAAAUCUUCGUACUGUAAACCACAGAUUAAUAUAAAAUGCAGUGGAAAUGAGCGAAUGUGCAUUGAUUACCAAGCAGCAACACCAACAGGUUCUGGUGAAAUUAUGAAGGGCUGCGCUUCACAAGGUGUCUGUGAUUUUCCUUAUCAAAUCAACUACAGAAAUGACAAGGGCAUUUUUUCCCAGUAUUUUCAGUGUGAACCUGGAAUCCCAACUGGAAGUGCUGUUCCCCUUUCAUGUUUUCAAUGCGCAAAAACCAACUCAGCUUGCCAAGGCUUUAAGGUGACCUGUCCGCUUGAACACAGCUGUGGUUUCACCUAUAGGGAAAUUACUGAAGAUGGAAAACUCUAUAAAGACUAUAUAAAGUCAUGCAUGCCAACAAAAAAGUGUGAUAAAACUGUUAGCAUUACCCAUGUAAACGGCACGAUGAAAAUGGGGAUUUCAUGCUGCGACACGGAUUCCUGCACCCCGUCGCUACCCCGAUGGCCCGCCGACAGUUCUAAGGCCAAUGGGCUGUCAUGCCCGACAUGCAGAGAUUUAAAAAACGGCAAGUGUAACCCGGAGUCAGAAUUACAAUGUACCGGCAGUGAGCUAAUGUGUGUCGCUCAAUCCACUGAAACAGCAGGUUUUAAAGAAAGUGCAAUGGGUUGCGCUACUAAAAGUGUCUGCGAUAUGAAGAGCUUUACCUAUAAAAAUGACCCGGCUUUCAUUAACGUGGAAUUUUCUUGUGACCCUACAAAAUCCGAGGCCCAACCUGCAGGAGGCACUCCUCCUAUGUGUGUAUUCUGCAGAGCUGAGGAUGCUUUAGAAUGCGAAGGUAAACUGGACUUUUGCCCUAAAAAUACUAUCUGUGGUUCCUCAUACAGAGUAACCGUAUCUGCUGGAAACAAAACAUCUUCCAUUGCCCGAUCAUGUGUUCCGGAAGACAAGUGCAACAUCUUUGGAACUAUGUCUAUAACCGGCAAAAGAAUUGCCACAGGAACAAGUUGCUGCAAAGAAGACGGCUGUACACCUUCAAUAGAACCAUGGAAACCUAAAUUGGCAAAACUCAACGAAAAGAAAUGCAAAACAUGUCUGUCCUCCUAUGCUGACUCCUGUGAGACCAAUGACACCCUGGAGUGCCGGGGGGAUGAGAAUGAGUGUGUGAGCUAUGCAAUGACCAUGUCCACCGAUUUUGACACUGCGGCUUAUUCGUUUCGUGGAUGUGGCACUAAGGCAUUGUGCGAUGCCCAAAAUUAUCUCAUGAUCAUUAAUGAUGUAGAAUAUGGACAUCGCUUUACCUGUACAUAAUAUAGAAUUGAGUCCAGCAGUGGAAGGUGCAGCAUUGAAGUGUUACCAAACCCAGGAUCCUGCAUUCACGAUAUCAGGUUUCCCACAGAAUUCGAAGAUUCAAAAUUUCAGAAACUUGGAAAUCCAGAAUUUCAGAAACUUGGAAAUUCAGAAUUUCAGAAACUUGGAAAUUCAGAAUUUCAGAAACUUAGAAAUUCAGAAUUUCAGAAACUUAGAAAUUCAGAAUUUCAGAAACUUGGAAAUUCAGAAUUUCAGAAACUUGGAAAUUCGGAAUUUCAGAAACUCUGAAUUUUAGAAACUCGGAAUUUCAGAAACUUGGAAUUUCAGAAACUUGGAAUUUCAGAAACUUGGAAUUUCAGAAACUUGGAAUUUCAGAAACUUGGAAAUUCAGAAUUUCAGAAACUUGGAAAUUUAGAAUUUCAGAAACUUGGAAAUUC